AUGUCGAUUCCGGUCAACGAUACAGGCGCACCCACCCAACUCAUGCAGGCGGCCAACAACCACCUCGACCAAGAGGCAGCUGCCCUCGCCGCCGACAUCCUACCCAUCUUCACCUCGACAGCUCCCAUCGAAUCCGUAUGGUCUGUCGAACGCGCCGCAUUCAUCGCUGAGCGCAGGAGCGUUGUCUUUGGCCAGAGUCUCUUUUUUGACGAGCUGCUCGCCUUUGCCACGGUCGACACGUCGCUCUAUCCUCCACGUUCAGACCACCAGCUUUCGCAACUGCUCACAGCCAUCUUUGCCGAGACUUCGCUCGACUAUCUAAAGCAGCUUUCGCUCGUCUACUAUCUUCUGCUCGACUUGGAUUUCUACUCGCAGCGGGAAAGCCUACCUCAUGACGGCGCCUCAUCGGCUGCAGAACGCUUCGCCGACACCUAUGUUGUGCUGCCUCAAUUUACCGAUGCCAUGCAAGGCUACUGGCUUCUCGACAACGAUCAGUAUGACCAAGCUGUUCCAUUGCUGGCCGUAGCCGACUUCAUCCCCAAGAUUGUUCGCACUCUCUUUCUCCCCUCGCAAACCGAACAGCGCUCCGAGGUGGCUCGCGCCAAGCUCCUCCUUCGCUUCCUGCGCACUUCGAACCAGGUCACAUCCUCAUCUCCUGGUUCGGAACCUUUCCUUCAAGAGAUCGAGAUGCGGAUCCAAGCACUCUGCUUCGUGUCCGGCCCGGCACGUUCGCUGUCUGAGAUUCGCGCCAUCACAUCCACCAUUCAGGAUGACGAGCAACAACGCGUCUCCGUCCGUGCUAGACUCAUCUUCAAGGUGCUCGAACACUGCUUUGCACCACCGCGCUCUUCCGCCAUUGAGAACCUGCUCGCUUGCAGUCUCGACCCGGAAGAAGAAGUGGCGCUCGAGAGCUUUGUCUUGUCGCCUCCAGCUGCCAUGACAGCGACAUGGAGUUACGUUGCCGCCGACGUGCUCAUCGUUCGAUACAUCAGCCAGGGUAGGUACAUGGACGCUGUCGGACUCGACCGUAGACUUGGACCGGACGUCAGUCAAGGUCACGCAACAGCCAAGGACAUGCAGCAGAGGAGCAAGAUGAUGGAGCAGCGAAAGCGCAUGAUUGCCGGAGCCAGAGCCAUUUUGCCCGAAGUGCAAAAAGAGCUCCUGCGCAUCGAGGAAUCCAUCGAAAUUAGCGGUGGCGCAGAGAUGCAAGAGGAGGACACUGUCGUCAACGGCACGGUGACUAACGGUGCAAAUGGCAAAGCGGCCGUUCUCGAAUCAGCGGAUCGCUCCCAUUUGGCACCAACACCGCUCAGCGCCUCGCCUGCGACACGACGCUCGAACACGCAUACUCCAUCCACGCAGGCGGCCAUCUUGUCGGCUGUCGUCCGUGCCUCUGCUUCUCCAUCGGCCCCAAGCACGCCCACCAAAACCUCUCUGUUGAGCGGUACCGCUUCCGCCGCUGCUUCUCCCAACGCGACGUCCAGUCGGAGCGGUUCGACACCACAGCAUCCUGCCGCCAUGAUCGGGUUUCUCGCCAAGAAUGCGCUCAGCGGCCAGAGGUCUAACACUACACCAUCGGAGUCAACCGACGAGGCCAUGGACGAGGCAGCUGGUGAAGACGUUGACGGCUCAGCAGUACUGGUGUCCAAACCGGUUGACGGAGUCAAGGGUUCGAGCAACGUACCUGCAUCGCCUAGCCAGCCAGCGCAGGCGCCGUCACCGUGGAGAAACCAGCCCAGUCUCACUUCCAGCAGCCCCUUCUCAGGUCUUCCUAAGCUGACACGUCCCGCAAUCGGCAGCGGUGGUGCUGCCUCAGUGGCAUCCGAUUCCCGCUCGCCCUACCAAUCUAGCCCACGUGGCUUCCAGCCCGCCAACACAUCUCCGUUCGCCGCUUCGUCCAGCUCGAUGCGCAGCUCGCCUUCCCUUAGCAGCAGCAAUGUCGGCCGCACCAAGCUGCCCGGUGCGCUUGGCCUCGUGUCGCAGCAUGGCAAGAAGAGUCGUUUGGCACGUGAAGAGUCCCGAGCUAGCCUUUCGGACGAGAGCGAUCUGGACGAAGCCGAGCACCAGACCGAGGAUGGCGCAGCACACGAAGACCACGGCGACGACACGUUUGUUCAGAUCACACAUGCCAAGCCGAGCAAGGCUGCUGGGGCGGAUGUGAGCAUUGGACGUCUUGUUCCUGGACGACGCGGGUGGAAGGAAACACAAGACGACGAAGCCGCCGAUGACAAGGGUCUGCAAGAGUUGCUCGACUCGCCGGAGCCUCCGAUGAAGCGAAGGACACGCAAGACGGCUUCUGCUACGCCUGCCUCCAAACUGACGCGCUCGCGCACCGGUGCGAAUCUCGGCAGCCACGACGACUCUUCUGCUGCUCAGGCGGCAGCAGGCACGGGAACGGGACCGAAGCUGUCCAAGAGCCGGUCGGACGUAUCGCUCGCUGGGGACAGCAACCGACUGACGCGCUCCACCAGCUCUGCGAAUCGCAAACCGCUCACAUUGUCGAAUCUGGAACAGCACUCGCGCUCGGAUGUGAGUGUCACCAACGACGCAGCGCCGAUCGCGAGACGCACACGAGCGGCGACGGCCGAGAUGGAUAGUGUCAAUGGAGGAGGUAGUCAGGCUAAUGAGGGGGCGAGUACGAUCUAUACGAUCAGCGAGGUGGGUGAUGAUGAGGGAGCAGGGAGUAGGUCGCCGGCAAAGAGGGUGGGUAGGAGGACCGCGACAGCAGCGACAGGGAGGAGUGGUGGGAAACCGGUGGUGAGAAGGUCGAGCAGGCUCAGCAGUGUCGAGCCUGAAGCGGCGGAGGCCAGUUCGCCGGCGAAGAGGAGAGGUGGUAGGAAGACUGUGACCGCCAAGAUGCCUGGCGGUCUUGAGUGA